AUGGCAAGGAACAUCGACUCUUUCGAACAACUUACUUUCCGAAACGGAUGUCUGCGGAUGAGAAGAUAUGGUCCAACGCCAGCAUUGACAAUCUUCGUCGCUUACGCUCCAACAUCAUGCUACAAAGAAAAAAAAGUAGAAGCUUUCUAUGUGGACCUAGAAAAGCUCUACAGAGAAGACCACACUUUCUACAAGGUCAUUCUUGGUGAUUUUAACGGCAAGAUGUUCAACAGAAGAAGGCCUGAGUAA